AUGGCGAACGGAUUAGCUCCAUCACUCGCCCUCAGCCUAACGGCUGCAACUUCAUCCUCUAGCUUGACAACCGCUUUACCCGCGUCUGCUACCUCCUCCCCGCCCUUCCUCCCUCCGACUCCUUCAACGAUGGCGGGUUGGAUUGGUUGGGUCUUGACCUUCGUCUUCCAGGUCGUUCCCCGCAGCCUGUACUGGCUUAUUACUUUCACCACUCUCACCUUGCCUACAUGGCUUUUUACGCUCUUCUCGAUGAGCUUGACGUUCACCAUGAAUUUCACCACCCUCAUGUUGAUCGUUCUCGCCGUGGUCUCGACCGUCAGCUGGUUCAUCCGAUACCGCUUCUUGAACAUGUACAGCCGGUUACCUCCGGAGCCCCAACGCAAAGAAGCGCAAAUCGAUCUCUUCCCCGAUAUACAAGAAGGCGACGUCAAGUCCGGACUGGCCAACUAUCUCGAUGAGUUUCUCAGCGCCAUCAAGGUGUUCGGAUAUCUCGAACGGCCAGUCUUCCACGAGUUGACACGGACAAUGCAGACGAGAAAGCUGAUUGCCGGCGAAACACUCAUGUUGGAAGAAGAAAAGGGCUUCUGCCUAGUGGUGGACGGUCUGGUUCAGAUCUUCGUGAAGUCAACGCGAGAGGGAAAGACAGUGUCGGAGGAGGACCUCCACUUGGACGAAGUCACCUCUGAAGAAGAGGGUGACCCAUUGCAUGGUCGACAGGGUUAUCAGCUGUUGACAGAGGUGAAGAAUGGCGCGUCCAUGUCGUCCCUGUUCUCUAUCCUGUCGCUGUUCACCGAAGACAUUCAACUCCGCACGUCACGGAGCUCUAGCUCCAGCACCUCGAGCGUGGAGCCGAGCAUCGCCCAAGUUGUCGAUUCUUUACCGGUCAGUCCUAGUGUCGGGGUAAUUGAUAGCCCUUUGAACGCUGCGAGAGACUUUGGCUCACCGACGCCUAAUAAUGGCCAACCCGGCUCUCUACCCUUCGUCCCUCCUUUGCAUCUUGGAGAAAGCCACAGCAUGCCCCAGCGCCCUCCGCAGCCCGAGCCCCGACAACACAAGAGACGUAGAAAGUCAGUUCACCCAGACAUUGUCGCCCGCGCAACGGUGGACACUACUAUUGCUAUCAUUCCUGCCAGUGCUUUCCGCCGUCUGACACGGGUUUACCCACGCGCGACGGCCCAUAUUGUACAGGUCAUCUUGACGCGCCUUCAAAGAGUAACAUUUGCAACCGCCCACUCUUACCUCGGAUUGACCACGGACGUUCUUGGCAUCGAGAAACAGAUGACCAAGUUCACCAGCUGGGAUCUGCCAAAUGACCUUCGUGGAAGUGCUCUCGAUCGUCUCAAGGAUAAAUUUAUGCGAGAGCGAGACCGCCUGGGUCCCGAGGAUGUUUGCAAGGGUAUUGCGCUCCACAACCCAUCGGCUGGUCGGCGACGCUCGAGCAGCUCUCUCAAGAAAGAUGCUGUUCUCCAAGCUCGUCUGGCCGGCGAAAGCCGGCCUGUUGGCCUUACGCCCAUGCCCCAACGACAACCAAGUAACUUUAAUGACCGUGACACCAGCGGAGUUAGUCCCGGUGACUUGCUGUCUACCAUUCAGCUCUCCCGAUUCGGACCACGCCAUGAUCAUCUCGGACCGCAGCUUACAAGUCCUUUGACUGAGCGUGAACGUCCUCUAUUCCGAACCUCUCACAUGAUGGCUAGCCGGCCCUCCCCGUUCCAGCGGAAGGAUUCGUCCGUGGAUGAAGACACUCUCUUCCGUGAUUCCAUCCUGGAUUGUAUCAUGAAAGGCAUCGGGUUGACCGAAAGUACCAAUGAAACUCUGCGGAAGGGUAGCCAUGUGUCUGGCGACGCCUCCCCGAGGUUACUUUCCUACGAUUCACGUCGACAGAAGGCCGUCUUCUCCAAUGCAUUCGGUUUCAUUGACCCGUACGAGGGUUCCGGCGAUAUCGAAACCGAGUCUAUGUCGUCUAUGUCCGUGACCAGUGCCGGUGGCACGUCCCCGGUCGUCAACCUCCGUGAAGAGCUACGCUAUGAUAUUGAGGUGGUAUACUUCCCUCAGGGCUCUGUUCUUGUCGAGCAGGGUGAGCGCCACCCUGGUCUAUACUACGUGAUCGAUGGUUUCCUGGACGUAGGCAUUCCGAUCAACAAUCGUGGGGAUGAUCUCGUCGGCACAUCUCGCCCGUCCGGCUCGGCACAGGAAGAGCUUUUCCCCAAGCUCAGGCGCACGACAACUGGAUCUUCUCGCACUUUAGGCGUGAAUGGUACGAGUGAUUCUCGCCGCAAGUCCCAGUCCCGCAAGUCUCUGUAUUUAAUCAAACCCGGUGGUAUUCAGGGAUAUGUUGGCGGUCUUGCUUCUUAUCGUUCCUAUACGGACGUCGUUGCGAAGACGGAUGUCUACGUGGGAUUCCUUCCGCGUGCUUCUCUCGAGCGUAUUGCUGAUCGCUACCCUAUUGCCUUAUUGACCCUGGGCAAGCGAUUGACUAGCCUGCUUCCGCGCCUGCUACUUCACAUUGACUUUGCUCUCGAGUGGGUGCAGGUCAGUGCAGGCCAGGUGAUCUACCACCAAGGAGACGAAAGUGAUGCGAUCUAUCUUGUUCUAAAUGGUCGUUUGAGAUCUGUUUUAGAGGGUCAAAAUGGAAAGAUGACUGUCAUCAGCGAAUACGGUCAGGGCGAAAGUGUCGGCGAGCUUGAGGUUAUGACUGAGUCUACUCGCCCUGCUACCCUUCAUGCCAUUCGUGAUACCGAAUUGGCCAAAUUUCCCCGCUCGUUGUUCAAUAGUCUUGCGCAAGAGCACCCGGGAAUCACCAUUCAAGUUUCAAAGCUCAUUGCCCAGCGUAUGCGCGACUUGGUGGAGCAUCCCUUGUCUGAGAAGGGCGUUGAACAGGGAACUGUCGGUGGCGUUCAGACUGCAACAUCCACCGUUAACCUUCGCACCGUUGCAAUUGUCCCGGUUACUGCAGGCGUUCCUGUGGUUGAAUUUGGACAUCGCCUGCUGGAUGCGUUGCACCAAGUUGGCGUGAACCGAGGCGUUACAUCCCUCAAUCAAGCCGCAAUUCUGAACCACCUAGGCCGACAUGCGUUCACCAAGAUGGGCAAGCUCAAGUUGUCUCAGUAUCUGGCUGACCUCGAGGAGAAGUACGGUCUUGUCUUGUACAUCGCCGAUACAAAUGUCAAUUCACCCUGGACGCAGACUUGCAUUGCACAAGCUGACUCCAUUCUGCUGGUUGGCCUCGCUGAAGCUUCUCCACGGAUUGGUGAAUAUGAACGUUUCCUUCUCGGCAUGAAGACCACCGCCCGCAAGGAACUAGUGUUAUUGCAUUCCGAGCGCUACUGCCCGCCCGGCCUAACCCGCCGCUGGUUGAAGAACCGAGUAUGGAUCAAUGGUGGACACCACCACAUCCAAAUGGCCUUCCGCCUAACCUCUGAACCAUCCCACCCUCAGACAAAGAAAUUCGGUACAGUUUUGAAACAGCGUGUUCAAAUCCUGCAAGCCGAGAUCCAGAAGUAUACCUCCCGGCGCAUCCAAGAAACACCUCUUUACUCCGCACAAACCCCAUUCAAGGGCGACUUCCACCGCCUUGCUCGACGCCUGUGCGGCAAAUCCGUCGGUCUCGUCCUAGGCGGCGGUGGAGCUAGAGGAAUUUCCCAAGUAGGUGUGAUCAAAGCCCUCGAAGAAGCCGGAAUCCCAAUCGACAUUAUUGGAGGUACAUCCAUUGGCUCCUUCAUUGGUGCCUUAUACGCCCGCGACGCAGACGUCGUCCCCAUGUAUGGCCGCGCGAAGAAAUUCUCCGGUCGUAUGGGUAGUAUGUGGCGCUUCGCACUGGACCUGACGUAUCCAACCGUCUCCUACACAACGGGCCACGAGUUCAACCGUGGUAUUUUCAAGACAUUUGGCGAUAGCCAGAUCGAAGACUUCUGGCUUGAGUUCUACUGCAAUACGACUAAUAUCAGUCGCUCACGAGCGGAGUUCCAUUCUUCCGGCUAUGUCUGGCGGUAUGUCCGUGCGUCCAUGACCCUGGCUGGUCUCAUCCCCCCGAUCUGCGAUGAGGGAAGCAUGCUCCUGGACGGUGGAUACAUCGACAACCUAACCGUGGCUCACAUGAAGAGUCUCGGCGCAGAUGUCAUCUUCGCCGUGGACGUGGGGUCCAUAGACGAUAACACGCCCCAGGGCUACGGCGAUUCGCUCUCUGGAUUCUGGUCCGUUUUUAAUCGCUGGAACCCAUUCUCCUCCCUCCCCAACCCGCCUACCCUCUCCGAGAUCCAAGCGAGAUUGGCAUACGUUUCUUCCAUUGACAACCUCGAGCGCGCGAAGAAUACAGCCGGAUGUCUUUAUAUGCGUCCGCCUAUCGAUCCAUACGGAACACUGGACUUUGGAAAGUUCGAUGAGAUCUACCAAGUGGGCUAUGCCUAUGGUCGGGAGUUUCUGGAUAAGUUAAAGGAUGAGGGAUCGCUUCCGAUUCCAGAGGAGACGGAGGAGAAGCGGAAAUUGCAGCGCACGAUGGCUCCGAGACGAGCUAGUAUUUAG